AUGAUAAGGCAUGUGGCAGUAACGAUUGAAAAUCAAAUCGUUUUUAUUGGAGGGUCACGUUUUAUUUCACUCGCAAGUCCAAUUAGGAGUCCAAUAAGAGUAUAUAACUUAUCGGAUGAAGUAUUUUAUUUAAAUCUUUCGUCUCAAUUCUCUACUAGUAGCCCUCCGUAUAUAGACCUUUCUAAUACUUCUGCACGAAUGAAAUUUGGAAAUGAGAAAGGUACUGCAGUACUUGGAGAAGCUAGUGGAAAUAAGGUGUAUCUCAUUGGAGGAUUCGUUUUCUUCUACCCACCAUUUGGAAAUUCUUGGUCGUAUCCUGUGGACCAAAAAGGAACGCCGCCAGCUAGACGUAGAUCAACUUCAACAGUUAUUAAUCAAAAAGGAAUAAUAUAUAUAUUUGGAGGAAGAGUCCAAGUAGACACAGGUCAUGUUGCUCCAAUACUACUUCCAAGUGGUAAGAUUCUAUACAUUGGUGGUGUCUCUCAGACUGAACCUGGAAUGGAUGCAGACUUAAUAGAUAUGAAUGAGUAUGCAAAUCAGUCAAUUCGUAUUCAACCUCGAUUAGGGCAUACAGCAACCUUAACACCAGACAAUAAUGAAAUUAUUAUAAUAGGCGGAAAUUCAAAUAUGGAACAUCCAAUCUACUUCCAUUUGCUUAUUUCCUUCUUUUAA